ACCACUCCGCUCCGCACACCCAACCCAACCCACCCAACCGUCUCGCCAUCGCCGUCCCACCCGGCCGCCGCCGCCGCAAGUCCACACCCCUCCCUCCUCCCAGACGAAGAUCCGAGGACCCGGACGCCCGCCGCCGCCGGGGGUAAGGAGAGGGAGAGGGGGAGAGAAGGAUGGGGCGGAGAGGAGGCUCCUACUACGUGGAGGCGGCGCCGCCGGUGGACGUGAACAAGAACACGGAGUGGUUCAUGUACCCGGGGGUCUGGACCACCUACAUCCUCCUCCUCUUCUUCGCCUGGCUCCUCGUCCUCUCCGUCUCCGCCUGCUCCCCCGGGAUCGCUUGGACCGUCGUCAACCUCGCCCACUUCGCGAUCACUUACCACUUCUUCCAUUGGAAGAAAGGAACUCCAUUUGCUGCUGAUGACCAAGGCAUUUACAACAGACUAACUUGGUGGGAGCAAAUUGACAAUGGGCAACAACUUACUCGUAACAGGAAGUUCUUGACCGUGGUGCCUGUUGUUCUGUACCUGAUCGCGUCACACUUGACUGAUUACAAGCAGCCAAUGCUUUUCCUUAACACCAUCGCAGUUCUGGUACUAGUUGUAGCAAAGCUGCCAAACAUGCACAAGGUCCGGAUAUUUGGAAUCAACGCAGACAUCUGAGGACCAGCAUGAAGAAGAACAUGAGGACGCAGACUUCUGCGGUUUGCGACGACGACGGACAAGUGAACUUUGCGCAAACACGGUACUGUAAUCUGUAGCAUGUGCAUAGGUUUAGGAAGAAACCUGUAAAUGUUACUUGUAGCAUAGAAUUUGCCUGCAGGUUGGAGGCUGUUGCAUGUUUGCUCAUGCCACUUCCUUGGAGAAAUCAAAUGGAUGGUGUGGACUGUAACUAAAUUGAACAUGUAUGUAAUCUUGUGGACAAGGAAUGCUUGGUGGAUGUUAAAAUGGUGAAAUGGAGUUCAAUUCCUGCCAAAAAAAA